GAUCAAAUUAUUAUUACACAGCAAAACUAAAUGUUACUGUCCAUUUGGCACAAGGCACUAUAGUUUCCCUCAGGCUUUAAUCGUUAUGUUAAAUGAAAACUGCAGACAUUUAGUGAUGUUUUUGCAGAAGGUAAAAAGUGGCACUGUGGGCAAAAUGUUACUGAACAAUGCACUGAAACCUGAACACAUUAAUUCCACUGACUUGUUCACAACCUCUGUUCACAGGAUGGCGUUUGCAGGACCUCAGUCCAAACGAGCACAAUCUGACCUCCAACUGCCAUCACUGAUUGACGACUGGACUAAAGAGCACGUCAAAGACUGGCUGACCAUUCAACUUCGGAUACCACAUAAAGUUGCACAGAAUCUAUAUGACCAGGAGUUGUCAGGAGCCUGCCUAGUGUCAUUUGAGAAGCAAGACUUGUUAGAACUGGGUGUCCCACCAGCUCCGGCAAUACAAAUCAUGCGUCAGGUGGAGAGGCUCAAAAGGCAAUCAGAGACUUUUGUCUCUGAUUGUGUGAUGACAACGAAGAGCAAAGGUAAAAUACUCAAAUCUACAGAGUUUCAGGUUUCCUCAGAAAAAAUGGAAACUGAAACGGUGUCAUCCGAUUCAGGAUUUCAAAGUCUAAGCUCCACAUUGGAGAUGUUGCAGAUAAGUAAAACAAAAUCUGUGUUAGAGCAGAAUUCGGUUGAUGACACCCAAUUAUAUGCAGACAUUAAAGAUGAUGCAACAUUUGUACAAUUGAAGAAUUCAAAAUGUCGAAUUCGACCAUUUGACAAAAGCAACACCAACAUCUUCUAUAUACAAAAUCAUAUUUUACCACCUGUAGCUGGUCCAAGUAAUCUUCUCGAACCUGUGCACGAGUACAAACUUCUUCCUAAUGCAAAUGAAACCACUGAAAGAGAGAUCAUCUAUGAAUUUACAAAGGAAGUAUUUAGUUUUGCUGCCAGCUGCAUGAAUUCACGAACAAAUGGCACAAUUCAUUUUGGAGUAAAAGAGCUAGAACAAGGACACGGUGAAGUAAUUGGCCAAGACCUCACCUCUUUCAGUAAAUACAAUGAGGCAUUUGAGUCAUGUCUAAGCGAAUACUUUGAACAACAAUAUGUGAAUCCAGCCAGAAUGUGCAUCAGGCCUCCACAGUUUAUACAAGUUCAUGCUCCAGAUGGAACAACUACAAACAAAUGGGUCAUUGAGGUCGAUGUAGUUCCAACACACUUAGAAACACAAGACCAUAUUUUUCAUACUCUAUUAAGCAUUGCAUCAAAUGAACAAAAACAACAAUGCAAAACCGAAUGUCUUUUUGUGCGGAAGGGCUCAAGGUCCGUUAACCUUUUGGCUGAUAGCGAUCCUCGAAUAUUACAAGAGCAGAUUAAAACUUUGACAGCUAAAGUUCAGAGCUUGGCUUCAGCUCGAAAGGCAGCAGAGGAGAAGGAUCUCUUAAAAGAUCAGCCCUUAGAAGGCCACCAAGGUCAAAGGUUGAAACAACUGGUGACUCGUGGACGAGAUGCGUUUGAGGAUACACUACAAGUCAUUGUUGUCACAGACAAAUGUCACCCCACUGAACUGGAACACUUGGAUUUUCUGAAGGAGAUUAAAUUGUUCGCAGUACUUGAGUUUGAUCCGGAGUCUGAUGUGAAUGGAGCGUGUCGUUUUUACAGAGAAGAUCAUGUGGCCAAUUUGCACUAUCCACGCAUGUACACCUCUCAGGACAGUGUAACAGCAGUCAUAGGGAAACUAAACCUCUUUAAGCAAACAAGCUGGAUUUUCUGUAAUGGUCGAGUGAAUGAGGAAUGUGAGGCUGACAAGCCACUAACACCCAACGAAUGGCUUAAAACACGUUCGGGGGAUGUUACCAAUAUGAUUUCCUUGCUUUGCAAACCGGACUUGCUUUCCAAAGACAGACUUCUUGUGAUAUUUAUCCUUCACUCUGCAGUAACUGACAUCUCAAACCCCAUUUUGGAGACUUUCUGUGCCAUGUACCGUAAUUUGGAAGGCGUAGACAAUAUGUUGUGCAUCUGCAAAGACUGCGACAUAUUCAGUCACUGGAAGGGUCUAAUAGAAAGUCGCUGCAAAGAGGACAUCACCAAUAAAUGCAUCUUUGAAUUAACUAUGAAUGAAAUAUCAAGCACUAUCAAAAAUCUUAAAGAGCCCCAAACCCAAUCAUCAAGGAGAUUCUUACCAUCGACAGGUUCAAGCUCAGUCCUGCUGGGAAGAAAAGACGAGGAGCUUAUGACUGUUUUGGACAUCCUUUGUGAAAAUGAGUGUCAGAAUACAGAAAUCGAAACCAAGGAUUCCUUUCAGGAAUUCAAGAAGAAAGUAGAGGAGGACUUUUACAGAGGUGGUCAAGUUUCUUGGUGGAACUUUUACCUGUCAGAGAAAGAUAGGCUUCCAUUUAUCAAACGUGACAAAUUCGAUGAGCUGUAUGACCUGAUCACGCCUGUACAAGUCCAUGCAUCUCAAUGUGUUAUGAUCAACCUUUUCCAUCACCCUGGCUGUGGGGGAACAACUCUAGCGAUGCAUGUUCUGUGGAACCUCAGAAGGAAAUUCAGAUGUGCUGUUGUUAAAAACAACAUGGCAACAAAUAAUGAAAUAGCCACACAAGUUAUGACGCUGCUGACAUACGGCAGAGAGGAACAGCCAGGAUAUACACCAGUCCUCCUGUUGGUGGACAACUGGGAUGAUGUAGAGGACCUAAAGCAGUGCAUUCUCGCCUGUAAUAAGAAGCGACACAACGGUCUUAUGGUGAUCAUACUGAACUGUGAGAGAACUCCGCUUCCUGAUCAUAGUUCCAGAACGAGCCGCAUUUCAAAUGUGUUCAUCACCAAUAAUUUGUCUCGCCAAGAGCAGAAUUUGUUUUCUGAGAAACUCCAGCAACUCAGGAGUGACCAUGAAAGGCCUGAGACCUUCUAUGCUUUCAUGAUAAUGACAAAUAAUUUCAGCGAGGCCUACAUCUCCAAUCUGGUGAGCAACAUUGUGAAAGGUCUUGACACUUCUAGCCAACAAGGAAAGCUUCUCUCUUUUUUGGCUUUGCUGAACACCUACGUCAAUGGAUCCUACAUUUCACUGUCUUUAUGUGAGGAGUUGGUGGGAAUAAGGAAUUGUCUAAUAAAACAAGAAACGUUUGAUGACAAAAUGAAUCCCUUUUCUACCCUCAUGAUCACUUUUAUUGUAGAGGAGCAUGGUACCUAUCAAGCAGUGCGCUUCUUGCAUCAAAUGAUUGCCAGGAAAUGUCUUGAAUUCCUCAUUCAACAGUACAGAAUGUCUCUGUUUGACAUAACCAACGAUGUUUUGCUCUGUGACAAACUCUACAAGUCUUACAUGGGAAGGGAUUUUCUGGUCCAAACUAUACACAGCAUGCUCAUCACACGUCAGCGUAAGGAACUUGGAGAUGACAAAACCACAUCUUUUUCCCCAUUGAUUGAAGAAAUAAAUAAAGAGGGAGGACAUCGGAAAGUCAAAGAAGUCUUAGAAAGAGGCAUUGACAGGUUUGAGAAAAGUGCAACAAUGUCGCAAGCAUUAGCAAGACAUUUCUGCCUGCAAGAAAAGAACUUUGAUAGGGCCAUCAAGUGGGCUUUGGAUGCACAAGGGAAACGUUCUGAUUCCUACAUGGCAGAUACUGUUGGACAAGUACACAAAAGCCACCUCAAAAAGAUAAUUGACGAUUCAAAGUAUGCAACCCCUGAAGAACUUGAUGAAUGCCUUGCAUUAGGAUUUAAAGCUGUAAAGGCAUUUCAAGAAUCACAGGAACUAGCCAAGAAAGACCAGCUAGAUGAAGGAAGUCAGUUUGAUCUCCUCGUUAGAAGGAGAAACAGGACCUACAACACUUCAGGCUAUUCUGGAGAGACAGAGGUCAUGAUGAUCCUUCUUGAAGUCAUCUUAAAUCUCCCUGUAUGUCCUGCCCAUGACAGACAUAAAAGAGACCAAAUGCUCCAGUUUCUUAGAGGCCACCUCCCACUGAGAAGUUUAUAUGAUGGCAGUAACACAACUAUUAACCAGUUUGUGGAUGUCCUAGUGGAUCAUGAAACAUUUUUAAUGUCUUUGAAGCAAAGACUAAAAGAAAGUUUCAGUUUUUUUGAGCACUACUUCCAAUACCUAAAGCCUAGAUCACUGGAAAGGGAAGCAGUUGAAGAAAGAAGCAAACGAAAAGUCUCUGAGUACUUUAAAAAGUACAUAGAAAUAUUUAGUAGGUCAGAAGAGGAGAAAACAUCUGAAAAAGCAAGUAAACCCAAACUGAGCCUCCAUCAGCAGAUAGAGGAUCAGAGAUCGUAUUUGGAGUUCAAGCGAGCGGACUCAUUUGCUGGACUGUUGCAGUGCUUGACUGAUAAAAACGGGACAGAAAUGGAAAACAUCCUCAAAAAGUGGCAGUUUAUAUUUGAAAACUCGUCCUAUACAAAUGGUAAAGACACAGUAAACUUCAUACUGGCAAACAUAGUUUUGCAUUGCAGUAAACCCUCUUCCAAGUUGCUGAAAAAAUAUGAAGACUUGGUUUCCCUCCUGAACGAGGAGCUUCAAAAGGUUGGACUUAAUUCCAAACAGACAGAACUGUACUACCUGUCUAUGCUGCUCAUGUGGCCAGGCCAAGACAAACGCCUUGAAAGCAUUAAGACAUACCAGUAUAUCGGCCAGUAUGUCACAUCAGCAAAAAGGUCUUUUCACCAUCGCUUCUCUCACAUGUUUCCAGCCAGAAGUGCUAUAGCUCAUUUCUUCCUUGGGAAAUCCAGUGGACUCAAGCGCAUAGUUUCCAAAGUAAAACUUGAUCAGAUUUUAAUGUCUUAUAGUCCAUCACGUAACCUGCACCAUCUCUGGCAAAGUGGAGAAGCGUGGAACAAACCUGAAGUUGAGCGAAACCUACUGAGGGUGAAAGGGACGUCAGAGAAUGGAGACAUUUACAUCAACUAUGCUGGCAACCUGAAACUGCAGGUGCGUCCUGUUUACCUCGGCGACAUCCGCAGUGGAUACAGCCGGGAAAACGUGUCCUUCUACCUUGGCUUCACCAUGGAAGGUCCUGUGGCCUAUAAUAUUAAGUAUGAAAGUGACACUUGAGCUGACGUAACUUAGAUGCUGGAUGCAAUAACUAGAGUCCAAAAAAGUAAUUAAAAAAGAACUUUUGGUAUUACUGUUCUAGGCACAGUCAAUCAGAAAUAUCUCACGGAUUGUAUUUGUAUUACCUUAUAAAACAGAAGUCAAAGUGGUGAUCAGCACUUUCAAACUCAUUAGCACGGGAACAAUAUCAAUAAAUGAAAAAUAGCAAGAUUUGGUAAUUUUUUUUUUUAUUUAUUUAAUUUUUUAUUUUAUUUAUUAACUUAUGAAUUUCACACAUUGGUCUUAUUUCAUAUAAGAUGGUGGUUGUUGUUGUUGUUGUUGUUUUUGUUUUGUUUUUAGAUCAUUUUAUCAGAUUUGCAAAAGUAUAUUCAGAGUCAUAAAAUAUUUUUAAUCAUUUACCAUCUCUACCUACAGUACAUUUAAAAUCUGCCAUCCGGCCAACUAGUAGUAAAUUGUUAUUGCAUGCUUUGUCUUCACAGAAGAGCACCCUUAAACCUUAACCUAACUAACACACCUGAACUGUGGAUCAGCAGCCUUUUAUUAAAGACUGAGGUCUUACUGUAUAUACAUGAGGCUGUCGUAUUUGUUUCAUGUAAGGUUAAUGUUGUAUGGCUAGAUAUUUAAUAUAUUAUUAUCUUCAUUUAAGCUACUGUUGAGUCUGUUUACGUGAAUCAUUUUGAAACAGCAUGAAAAAUAUCUGACUAAAUCAUCAAACAUGUUUUACAGUGUGUAACAGUAACACAUUAUAAAUUAUAAAUUUUCUAAAAAAGAA